AUGCCAGUACUUGCGUACGAUUCUAGAAGAUUAAUUUUAGAUGUAUUUGAUAAAAAAGUUAUUAUUCAAAAUGUAAAUAUAUACGCUAUUAGUAAUAACAUUUUAAUAUAUAAUAUAGAUAAUUGCCUUUAUAAACUUGAUCUUACAUUACCAGAAUUACACGAACAAGUAACUUAUAAUAUUUGUUUUUACAAAUUUACAACAGAAAUUCAUGAACUAAAAUUAUCAGAAAAUGGUAAAAAUGUGGGAGUGUUACUUACGAAUGGGGAGUUUUAUUUAUUUUCAAAUUUUACUUUAACUUUUUCUAAAAAGAAAAUAAACGGUUUUGGGAUUUCAGACAAUCUAAUGGGCUACGAAACAAAGAACAAUUUUUACUUAGAAAAUAUCAAUUCUGCAGGUAUGGUGGAUAAAUCUUUAAAUUCUUUCUUUAAAUAUUUUGUGUUUAAUUCUUUUUGUCUGGUGUUCACAUUAAAAUUAAAAGAUGGAGAGAAUAAUUAUUGUCAUAAAAUGAUAAAAAUUUCUAAAAAAAACAUUACAGUGGUUAAAACAUUUGAUUCGAUAGUUGAUGUAAAUUGUAAAUGUAGUGAUGAUGGUAAUUAUGUACUUGUUAAUCUUUCUACUUCUUACGUUAAAAAUUCGUAUUUUGCGUCUACAGCUUUGUACGUGUACGACGUUGCACAAGAAAAAUUUGAAAAAAUGAAUAAACUGUCGAAUAUAUUAGAUUUUACAUUUAUAAAAAAUGGAUUCUGUGUUGUGUAUGGUAAUCAGCCUUCAUAUGUUGCCAUUUUUAAUAUGGAUUUAUCAUUCAGAGAAAAAUUUCCAUCAGGAAUUAGAAAUCGUAUUUAUUUUAAUCGUCAAGAAUCGUAUGUUGUAUUGGCGGGAUUCGAACAAUUGGCUGGUAACGUUGAAGUUUAUGAUGCAAAAUCUAAAGAAAAGCUUUCGAUUGCUAACGAAUUAGGUGCAAGUAAAGUUUUAUGGGACACAACAGGGAGUUAUUAUUAUGUCUCUACGUUAAAUUAUCUUAAAGAAGAUAAUAGAAUUAACAAGUAUGAUUAUUAUGGUAGACUUAUUUCAUCUGAAUGUUUUGAUAGUUUAUGUGACGUAUCUGUUUAUGGACUUAAUGAGGAAUUUAUAGAAUUAAGUCCUCCUAAAGAAAAGUUUGUAGAGACAAUCGAAGAAGCUUAUGUUCCAGCUAUCCUUAAAAAUAAAAACUUACGAAAGGGCGUGUCACAACCGAUAAAAGCAAAACAAAAUGAGAAUGAAGAUGAAUUGAUAAAUAAGUUGGAAAUUAUUGAAGCACUUAAACAGAAGAUGGGUAGUAAUCAGAAAUUGGAAACAUACGAGCUUAAUUUAAUUUUAAAUGAAGGAAAAAUUAAGAAGAAGCUUGAAGAUUUAAAAAAAUAA